AUGGAAAAGCUUCCAAAUCGUAUAAGGUUGCAGUUUGUGGAUGGAAAAUCUGGUACUAUUGAUAGUGAAAAGUAUCAAGGUGAUGCGAGAGAAAUACUAAAUGAAAAAAGAAAGGUUGUAGAUAUCAAUCAAAGUAAAGCUACUUUGUUAGAUCGGCAGUUGGUUGAUGUCCCUUCUGAGCAAAAUCGUGCACACUCAAUGGAUGUUGUUACAAGUAAUAUUGGUGUUCAAACAACGACCGAAAACAAAAGGGGAACGCCAAGAGUUGGGGUUGAUGCGCCGCGAGUUGGUUCAGGCAAAAAAAUAAUGGAUUCAGGACACAAACUAAUGGAUACAUCUGAUGUUGAAGAUGCUGAAAAUUCUGGGCAGCAUGUUUUGCAAGUUGAAACCAAGAAUGCAACUAAAAAUUGGACACUGGUUGCACACAAAAAUUCAACUAGUAAUCGGAGCCUUUCCCCGACUAGUCAAAAUAAUUCUCCAUGUAGUGAAAAGGGUGCGACUGGAAAUUUUUAUGACAGUGAGAAGAGGCAAGAUAUUAGUAAUGCCUCAAGAGACCUAUUAUGUUCGAAUAGCUUUGAUGCUUUAUCGAAGACUACUGGACAACAAGUAAAGUUAACAGAGAAUGACAACGAUUUGAUCAAAGAAAAGCAGGUCUCACCACCUACUUUGAAUAGCAAAUUAAGUCCAGAAGCUCCCGUAUUUGUGCCUAAAUGUGUGAUUGCAAAGAAAAAUGAGUCAAGGGUCUUAGUGUCAAAUACAAUUGAUUUGGGCGAGGAUUUUCUUGAUGAAAAUGAGGAAGACAAUAUGCUUGAUUUUGGCGAGGAUUCUCUUGAUGAAGAUGAGGAAGAUAUGCUGGACAUGUGCUUUGAUAGAGUGGCUAGGGAAGGAGAUAUAUCACCUAGGCAACAAAGAAGUAGAAGCAACAAAAGCAAAAAGAAGACACAUGGAAGGCAACAUAGUUGGGACGGUAAAAUGACUGAGGAGUUUGUUCCAAGGCACCUACCGAUGCGACAGGCAAAGCAGAACCAUUUGACAGUAUCAAUAGGUUCAACAAGGUCCAAUAAAUCCAUAAAGAAACUCUUAUUUUCUUCAUGCUUGUUAGGUAGUAGACACUUCAUUAGGAUUAGUAAGCAGCUAUGCACAUCAGCUUCCAACGUCAAUAGACGGAAACCAGACGGCGACUUCACGAUGCAACAGUACGCUAAUGCCUUGUCGUCUUCCCCAACCUCGUCCCAUCUCCGUUCACUGCCCCGCAAUAGGUACUCAAAACUGAUCUGUGUUGAGAAAAUGACUGAACAUCCAUACUUCACAAGGUCUAAAGACCCCAAAGAUUCUUUCAUCGACCAAUGUUUGUCAAAAGGCAAAGAAAAAGUGGUUGACAAUGUUGAGAACACUGAUUUGAUCGAAAUUACUAUGAAUGACCCUAUCAUUGCUGAACAUAACAAGUUGAUUGCAUAA